AUCGACACUUCUCUUAACUAGUUCAAUGGUUUUCUCUCUAUGAUUAGUCUUGCUUCCUGCUGCUUUCUUGAUAUUGGCCAAGAAUCAUCUCGUUCGAGGAACUUGCAUAAAAAAUGAAUGAACAAAGGCAUCCAUCGGUGAUUCAGAAGCUUCAUGGACAAUCCUCCUUCAUUAGUAGACUCUCUCCGAGUGUGCAAACCCGUAAUCACACCGUCUCUGGUGCUUAUGUCAACGGAGGUUUGCAGAGUCUACUGCAGUCAACUAAUCGUGACACUGGCUCUACUCUUAUACAACGUGGCUCACUUCCCGUUCUUGCUCAAGCACCUACGGAGAAAUCUAUCACUGGUUUCUUGAUAGAUUUCCUCAUGGGAGGAGUCUCGGCUGCUGUUUCAAAGACAGCAGCAGCGCCUAUUGAGCGUGUGAAGCUCUUGAUUCAGAACCAAGAUGAAAUGAUCAGAGCCGGGCGUCUCUCUGAACCAUACAAAGGAAUCACUGACUGUUUUACCCGGACAGUCAAAGACGAAGGCGUGCUUGCUCUUUGGAGAGGCAACACCGCCAAUGUUAUCAGAUACUUCCCUACUCAGGCAUUGAACUUUGCGUUCAAAGACUACUUCAAGCGACUGUUCAACUUCAGGAAAGACAAAGAUGGAUACUGGAAGUGGUUUGCAGGUAACUUGGCCUCUGGUGGUGCAGCUGGUGCAUCGUCUCUGCUUUUUGUAUACUCUCUGGACUACGCGCGUACCCGUUUAGCCAACGAUGCCAAAGCGGCCAAGAAAGGUGGUCAGAGGCAGUUCAACGGCAUAGUUGACGUGUACAAGAAGACUAUAGCCUCUGAUGGUGUUGUUGGACUAUACCGCGGUUUCAACGUCUCGUGCGUUGGAAUCAUCGUGUACCGUGGGCUCUACUUUGGAUUGUAUGAUUCCUUGAAGCCUGUGGUUCUUGUCGAUGGUCUUGAGGAUAACUUUUUGGCGAGUUUCUUGUUGGGAUGGGGAAUCACAAUUGGAGCUGGACUGGCGUCGUACCCGAUAGACACGGUGCGUAGAAGAAUGAUGAUGACAUCAGGUGAAGCGGUGAAGUACACGAGCUCUCUUCAGGCCUUUAAUCAGAUUGUUAAGAAAGAAGGGGCCAAGUCGCUUUUUAAAGGCGCAGGUGCCAACAUCCUCCGUGCUGUAGCAGGGGCUGGUGUGCUCGCUGGCUAUGACAAGCUCCAGCUCCUUGUGUUCGGCAAGAAGUACGGCUCUGGUAGUGGCUAAAAGAUGAUGAAAGAAACGUCCUCAGAGGUCUACGAGUGAAUAAAUCUGUGUGGUUUUAUCGAGUGUUCACUAUGUGAAGUUAUGGCUUUUGUCUUAGUUAUGUGACUUCUUUCCAACCAAAAUAAAAUAAAAUAC